UGCUAUGCAGACGCGUGAGGCUUUUGGGGUGCUGUUCCUCAUCCUUCAAGGGAUGACCGGGGCUCGAGCCAGCCAACCUUGUAUCCCUAAAUUUUUUGGCAAAAAUGCAAUGGUGUGUGUCUGCAACGCGACCUACUGCGACACGCUGGACCCGGUCUCCCUCCCCGAUGUUGGCAACUAUCUGACAUAUACAACCAGCCUGGCCGGCCAACGCUUGGAGCGCAGCGAAGGGAAAAUAAGUCCCAAGCGGGGAGUUCUGAGCGGCCUUUCUUACACCUACAAUCCCGACGUCCAGUAUCAACGCAUCAAAGGUUUUGGCGGAGCGAACACCGAUGCUGCCGCCGUUAACAUCAUGAAGUUGUCUUCUGCAGCCCAAAACCACCUGCUCCGCUCUUACUUCUCUGAAGAAGGAAUUGAGUACAAUCUGCUGCGCUGGCCCAUCGCGUGCUCCGACUUUUCCAUGCGGCCGUACAGUUAUGACGACCGCUGCAGGGAUGACUUUGAACUCAAGUGUUUCAGCCUGGCCCCGGAAGAUACCAAGCUUAGGAUCCCCCUGCUCUACCGUUUCAUGGCAGCCUCCAAGAGACCUCUGUCCCUGAUUGCCAGCCCUUGGACCAGUCCUGGCUGGCUAAGGGUCAGCAACAAGGUUCAAGGCAAGUCCUGGUUAAAGGGAAAACCGGGCGACCGUUACUUCGACACAUGGGCUCGCUAUCUUAUCAGGUUCCUAGAUGAAUAUUCUAAAUACAACAUCACUUUCUGGGCAAUCUCUUCUCAGAACGAGCCGUUCACCCCCACUUUUAUGCCUAUAAAGGAUUUCCCCAGCAAUUAUUUCUCACCCCAAACACAGCGUGACUUUUUCAUUAAGGACCUGGGGCCUGCCCUUGCUGCCAGCUUCCACAGAAACGUCCACCUGAUCACCCUGGACGACACGAGGGUUCUCCUGCCAACAUGGGCCAACGUGGUGAUUGGCAAUCAUAGCGCUGCUAAGUUUGUGUCGGGCAUUGGAAUCCAUUGGUACGUUGACCCCGUUGUCCCUCCAGGACCCACUUUAGAAGCCAUCCAUCGCCUCUACCCCAAUGUCUUUAUGCUGUACACAGAAUCUUGCAACGGGUUUCUACCUUGGGACGUGAAAGUUGAUCUGGGAAACUGGAAGCGAGGCGUCGCUUACAGCCGAAAUAUCCUGACGAAUCUCAACCAUUUUGUCUCAGGGUGGAUUGACUGGAACUUGGCUCUCGACAUGGAAGGGGGACCCAACUGGGUAGAAAAUUUUGUCGAUAGUCCAAUCAUUGUGAACCACCUGAAAGACGAAUUCUACAAACAGCCCAUGUUCUACCACCUCGGACAUUUCAGCAAAUUCAUCCCCGAAGGCUCUGUGCGAGUCGCGCUCUCCUCCAACUGCUUCAUCUCCUGCCAGCUUAAGAGUGCAGCUUUCUUGCGGCCCGACGGCGUCGCAGUGGUGGUGUUGUCGAACGACUGGUCUCUCGAUGUUACUAUUUCUAUUUUGGACAACCGCGUGGGUUAUAUCGAGGACCGCGUGCCGGCUUACUCCAUCCAAACUUAUCUGUGGAGAUGGCACCCUUGA